AUGUCUCUGGACACUCAAGCAUAUCUGCUUGCGGCCCUGACCGCAUCCGGUGGCGUCGUGGGUUACGCCAAGACCGGCUCCGUCCCGUCUAUCGCGGCAGGUCUUACCGUUGGAGCUCUGUACGGUCUGGGCGCUUACCGCCUGCAGAAGCGCCAGCCGUACGGCGUCGAAUUGGCCCUCCUCGCUUCCGUCGUGCUGGGCGGCUCCUCCAUUCCGCGUGCUAUCCGUCUGAAGAAGCCGGUCCCCAUCGUUCUCAGCAUUGUGGCGACAUUUGGUCUCUUACAGUUUGGAAACGCUUUUUUGCACAAGCAAUGA